AUGAGCUCCGUCGUCUAUCUCAUGAUCCGUGAUGAUUUCUCCGUCCUAUCUUUUGGAUUUGCCGACCAAAAUGUGAUUUUAUGGUCGCCUGUGAAGUUUGGUGGACUUCGGUCACGCCGUUUAGGAGUUGGCCGAGAAUUGGUUCUCCUUGUGGUGACUGCCAUGUUCCUUGUGAUUGUGUAUGAAACUCCUUUGAAAUCUCCUUUGAACCGCCAUAGGCUUUGUGGUUUUGGUUGGCUAAAGCAACUCUCCUUCAUAGCUAUCCUGCCAAAUAGUUAA